AACAAAACCAUUAAUAAUUGAUCUUGUUUUGUUUAUUGUAAGAAUCCAAGCUUUAUGCUAAGAUACACAUAUUUGAAGAUAGUGGUUCCUAAUAAAGAACUGUUAACUGUGGGAUAACAAUCACUGUGUAUGGACAGAUGAUUAUUAUUUGUAUAUCUGGACCUUUCUUCCAGACGGGGUCAAAGAGAACAGGGCCAGCUGGAGAGGGAGUGGUUAUUUUGGGACGGUAUAUCAGCAAGCAUUGCGUCCUGUACAUGGUGCUUCAGAGUGACAUGGCAAGUGUUGUAUACAAGUGCGCAGGCGCAGCAAAGCGUGCAGAGCCGGGCUACGGGAGCACGAUGAACUGGUUGCCAUUGGCGACCACACGUGUUCCGAGCUCAGUCACGCUCAGGCCAUGAGCCUCAUCGACACACAGAGCGCGACGCUCACCCUGAGGGUCAAAAGGGCCUCAGGAUUCCACUCUGCCACUUGCUCCUCCACCGGGGUCCCGUCUCCCCCCACGACCCCCCUGCAUUCCCAUCGCUCCUCCGUCCUCUCGCCCACCGGCUUGGCCAGAGACAUCACGUCUCCGCCCGACAGCGAGGCCUACUACGGCGAGACGGACAGCGACGCGGACACACAGUCGCACACGCAGCGGCGCCAGCGGCGCACGCCCCCUCACGCACGCUCACCCGCUCGCUAUGGCAACCAGGACGAGGAGGAGGCCUCAGAGAUGAGCGGGUAUGAGAGCGCCACGGAUGCAGCAGUCUCCCUGCAGGGCCACUGGGACGGUCAGAGUUUCGUGGGCGUUCCACGCCAAGAGCUCCUCUACCAGCCCCUCCACGCGGAGUGGAGCGCUCCCGCGCACACGCUGACGCCCACCCCCGACCAGAGCCCGGGGGAAGCGGAGGGCGAGGGGGACAGUGGCUUCCAGGAGGCGGGAGGUGGCCCCGGGCCGAGCUGCCCGCCCCUCGUGUCUCCUGAACGGGCGAAAGAGGCUCUGAUGCUGGGGUCCAGUAAACACCUGGUGCCCAUGGUGGGGCCGCAGCAGACCCCGGUCAGCGAUGAGCUCUGCACCACAUACAUGGACAAAGCACGACAGGCCAAGUUGCAGCGUGGGGAGAGUGUGGUGGAGAAGCAGGUGAAGGAGGCGCGCAGUAAAUGCCGCUCCAUUGCGUCUCUGCUGACGGACGCGCCCAACCCCAACUCCAAAGGGGUGCUGAUGUUCAAGAAGCGCCGGCAGAGGGCCAAGAAGUACACGCUGACCUGCUUCGGGAAAGCUGAAGGGGACAAAGGAGAGGAGACAGAGGGGGAGACGGGAGGUGAGACGGAGGAGGAAGGAGGGAGCUCCAUCCUGAGCGGAUCAGAGGUUGAUGAAGGAGGGUUCUCGGCGUCCUUUGACUCGACGUGGGACAGCGGGUAUCUGGACCUGCUGGACAGGAGAAGCUCUGCCUGUCCUUCAAACACACCCACCACGCCCACAAAAGCAGCAACCAAUCAGAGCCCGGGGCCGGACCUCUUAGCCUAUCAGAGUGCAGGCCUCGUCCCCCCCUUCAGUCCGAGCCUAGCGUUGGAGGAGAACGCCACGAAGCAGCCAGACAGAAGCCGCUCCGCUCCGAUGUCCCCUCCGGCGGUGGCGCUGCCCAACGGGAGGUCCGUGGCUGUCAGCCGGGCCAGCGUCGUCCUGAGCCCGCCGGGUCAAAAUGGGCAGCACGGAGGCGCCUACCCCGGUCCUAGCGCCGGCACAAACCCAGACCCGCACGCCGGCCUCGGUCCGAACCCGGGCGUCCUGAACCGCACCGCCCGCCCCUUCACCCCGGCCCCCUCCCCGCCUCGGGCCACUGUAACCUCCGUGAUGUUCCGCCCCCCCCAACCCAAACCGGCAGCCGCCGCUGAGCCGGUGGCAGCGGUUUCUAUGGUGACCAUCGCACCCACUCAUCCACCAGCACCGGAUGCGAGGAGAGCGGUGUCCAGCACGUCUCUGUACAUCCCUCCGAGGAGCAACAGCCACGCCCCCCGUCCUGCUCCCACCCCCCCUUCCGCUCUCUCACCUCCCUCUUUCUCCUCUGCACCUUUCAUCCAUCCUCCUGCAAAUCCUCAGCCAUUCACGUCUCCCCCCUCCAUUCCUGCUGCCACCUCCACUCCUUUCUCUCCACCAGUUUGCCCAUCGCCUGCUCAGCCCUUCUCUCCUCUAACUCCGCGUCCACCUCCUCCCACUCCUACUUGUCCACCAUCGGCCAACUGCAUUUCUCCCACAUCCCCACCGUUUCCCCCUGACCUGACCCAGGUCUCCUUCCAUUCCCAGCCCACCCCCCAUCCUCCGGCUCCCACCCAGCAACCUCACGCCAUCGUGACAAGCGUAGCCAUGGCAACCGCAUCGCCUCUCCACGCUCCAGCCGCCGACUCACCUGUGGCCCGCGAGCAGCGCGUCUCCGUCCCCGCUGCUCGCACCGGCAUCCUGCACGACGCCCGUCGUCGUAGCAACAAAAAGCCAAUGUUUAGCUCCGUCCAGAACAGGGACGUUUCCCCCAAUCCGGACUUGCUGUCGAUGGUCCAGAACAUGGACGGUUGCUGCGCGAAGGCCCCGGCCGCUCCCAGCACGGAGGCUGGGCAUGAAUCGGGGCCUGAGGAGGACUGGCUGAGGCUGGGGGCGGAGGCCUGCAACUUCAUGCAGGCUCAGCGCGGAUGCAGGCCCCCCCCCGUGGCUCCUAAACCCCAGGCCCCCCAGGCGCCACAGCUGGCGGGGAAGGGAGGUCAGCUGUUCGCCCGCCGGCAGAACCGCAUGGACCGGUACGUCGUGGAGCGCUCCCCCUCGGUCGCCGCAGCGCCGUACUCUCCUGCACAGACCAGGGAGCCCUCCCCCACGCCGUCCCUCCCCGCCACCUGGAAGUACUCCCCCAACAUCCGCGCUCCGCCUCCCAUCAGCUACAACCCGCUGCUCUCCCCCUCCUGCCCCCCCAAGGCGCAGAAGAAGGCGGAGGCGACAAAGCCUGGUCCUGUUAGGCCCAAAGGGCCGAAGGCGGCCGUGAAGCCUGUGGACAUCAUGAACCACAAGCCCCACCAGCUCAGCUCCACCCUGUUCACCUAUGGUAGCGGGGCUCCUCAGGACCCACCCACCUGUCAGACGGGCGCCCCCCAGAGGACGGCGCGGGUUCAUGAGGUGAGGCGCUUCUCCACGCCGCCUCCAACGGGACCCGCCCUCAAAGUCAUCGUCCCCCGGGCGGCCACAACCCUCGGGGAGCCGCUGUGGCGCUCCGACGUGGCCUCUCCUCCACCCUUUCAACCCCAGCCGCCCCCUCCCCAGUGGGCCGCCUCCCAGCAGCCUCACCCAGCACCUCCCGCCCCCACGGCCCCGCUGCCCCAGCUGCCUAGCUUCUCCUCUCCUCCGAACCCAGUCCAGCCCGGUCCAACCCGCCUCCGCCCUCCCAGCCCCACACAGACCAGCAGGCCGUUCAAGAGCGCCCCGGACCUCAGUCCUCUGGAUCCGGCCGACGCCUCUCGCCAGGUUCCCGGCGCCGCUCGGCCGACCAGGGUCCCCAGGCCCAGGUUCAGCACCUCCAACCUGGGCCUUACGCAGCCUUGUGUCUGGCGGCCCGGAUCCACCCUGCACUGAACACGUCCGACCCGGCAGUUAUUCUACACGGUGUUAGCAUCAUUAUCAUGCAGCUUCUGGCCACACGUGUAGCACCUGUUGUAUAUACAGUAGCAUGUACGCAUAGAGUUGCAGUUACAUUGUAUUUUGCAAAGGAAGUGUAGUGUGUGAACCUGUGAAAAUAAAAGAAAAAUGGGGAAAGACAGUGAGAGGAGAGGAGGAAACCGAGAGGACGUUUUCUAAAUGCUGCAUCGAUGGAGAACAAAAAAGAAGAUUAGAGAAUGUGAAAAGACAGGAUGGAAACAGGAAGAGUUCAUGAGGAACCUGCUAGAAAUAAUAACACGUCUGUCCGUUAUGUAUCUAAUUGUUUGUGUUUGAUGAUUCACUGUCGUUUCCCACAGCUGUCAGGCAGAAGCGAGGCCUUUUUUUGCAGCAGACUUGAUUUCUGAUCUGUCGAUAUGAGACGAGCGGUCGAACGCGUCCGUUCGUCCGUGACGCCGAGCGGCUGAAUAAAAAUAGACGUGACUCAC